CUUGUGUCCUGAACCCUAUCCGGAGGAGAAUUUGGAGUUUCUUAAAUCACAGAAUAUUCGUCUAUUUCAAUUUGGAAUUGAGGGGAAAACGGAAGUUUCUUUACCUAUUCUCAGUGAUUCUAUUAUGGAGGCUUUGAAAAUUUUACUUGAUGUGAGAAAUCACCCUGUUUUGAUUCAUUGCAAACGAGGAAAGCAUAGAACAGGUUGUGUAGUUGGUUGCUUCAGAAAGAUGCAGAACUGGUGUCUGUCUUCUGUGUUUGAGGAGUACCAGCACUAUGCUGGUGCUAAAUCCAGGACAGCGGAUUUAACAUUUAUAGAGAUGUUUGACAUCAUAAAUCUUAGGCAGUGCCUCUACAGCAUCAUCUACCAGUAUCAAGGUGCUUCAAAGAAGCGCAGAUUGAUGUAUCAAGGAGAGACUACGCAGAAGCCACCCCGUUUGACAUCGUUUUAGCUGCU